GGUAGCUCUUCUGGGGAUAUGGAGAGUGGAAAUCUUUCAGCAGUGACUGAGUUUAUCUUCACUGGGGUCCCCAAACUCCAGGAUGGUGGCCUCCUAUACUUUUUUCCUUUACUUUUCAUCUACACAUUUAUUGUAAUCAAGAACCUAAUGAUCUUCUUUGCUAUAAGGCUGGAUGCCCAUCUUCACAAUCCCAUGUAUAACUUCGUAAGUAUCUUUUCAUUUCUUGAGAUCUGAUACACCACAGCCACCAUUCCUAAGACGCUCUCUAAUCUGAUCAGCAAUAAAAACACCAUCUCUUUCAUUGGCUGUCUCUUGCAGAUGUACUUCUUCCAUUCACUCGGAAACACUGAAGGAGGCUUGCUGACUGUCAUGGCCAUUGACAGGUAUGUUGCCAUCUGAAACACACUCCACUACCUGACCAUCAGGACUCCCUGACUAUGUGCUCAGCUUUCUGCAGGAUCUUGUAUCUUUGGUUUCCUCAUCCUUCUACCUGAGAUUAUGUGGAUUUCUAUCCUACCUUUCUGUGGUCCCUACCAAAUCCAUCAGAUCUUCUGUGAUUUCACUCCUUUAUUAAAUUUAGCCUGCACGGAUGCCUUUGUGAUCUUGGUGCAAGAUGUGAUUCAUGCUCUCGCUAUUCUAAUAACAGGUCUGAUUAUUUAUCUUUCUUACAUUCGAAUUAUCAUUGUUAUCCAGGGCAUCCCUUCAGCUGAAGGUCAUAAAAAGGCCUUUUUCACCUGUGCUGUGCACAUUGCUGUCUUCCUGCUGUUUUUUGGCAGUGUGGCCCUCAUGUAUCUUAGAUUCACUGCUACUUAUAUACCCAUUCUGGACACCACCAUUGCUCUAACAUUCUCUGUGCUUGCUCCCUUUUUCAACCCCAUUAUAUAUAGCCUGAGAAAUAAGGACAUGAAAGAUGCUAUUAAGAAGCUCCUCUGCUCCCCAAAGGUGUUUAAUAUAUCUGGUUUGCUUCAGAUAGCUGCUUCCCUUUCAUCACUGGACCCAUAUGAAGCCCUGUCUCAGAGUCACUGGUUCAGAGAACGAGAGACAUGUGGAGGUGACCUGAACCCAACCUGCCUGAAGCCUGGUGCCUGGAGCCCGGAACGCAAAGCCCAGAGCCUGAAGUUGAGCAUAGCUCAUCCUAUUGCAGCUGAUUAA